UCAAAAAACCCCCCGAAACAAGUAUAAAAAAACAGUGUAUUAUAUACUAGCCAUACAAACCGCUCCUACACCUUCUUAAACUUCAGAACAAAAAAACCUUCACAAAGAGGAUGGAAGUUACAAAAUUAAAUCUGGGAGAGGACCACAGCCUGCUCAAGCUGCUCAGGCAGGCCUUCAUAGGACGAAAGGUUAAAUCCUUUCAGAAGCCUUCACCAAGGAUGCCCCUAAGUGAUCGGGGGAAUGGGGUUCACAAGACUACAUACAGUUGGUUAAGACUGGCCUGUGCUGGGUCAGUGUGAGGGUGAGCGAAAAGAAGGCAGGUGCUCUGCCUCAGUCUCAGGGCCAGCUGGGGCCUGAGUCAUAGCAGGACCUUUAAGCCAGAAGUUCAGGGCGAGUGGUGUCCCAUUGUCGUAAUGACAGCUGGUGGCUGCUUCCCUACCGGGGAAGGAAGGCAUGUCGGGCACUGGGACCCCUCCAGUGGUUGGCUUGUCUCCCAGGUUCGUUCUGGGUGCUAAGAGGCUUUGUGAUAUCCCCAUUCCAGCUCUUCCCUGUUGGUCUCGCUAAGAGCACUGAGUCUGGCUCGUCCUGAGUUAGGAGUCAUUCUGAUUCUCCUUGUCCUACCAAAGGUGAUAUGUGGGUGUGAGGGAAGUCAAGGAAGUAGGUGGAUUGUAGCUAAGGAAGCCAUGGAGUUUGUGAUGGUAGAGUUGGGGGCUGAGGAUAUGGAACUUGAAGAUUUCACACCCUGAACAACUCAGGUAAGCCCCUUGCAAGGACAGUAUUUUCCCACCUGUGACAGGUGGAGUUGGGCCUCGCACUUGCUCCUUUCCAAAUCUAGGCCUGCCUUCCUCUCACCUGCCUGUCAGCCAAAGUCUGGAGCCCCAACCGGGCCUUCCACCUGUGCUGGAGAAAGUUCAGCAGAGGGGUUUCACCCGGUAGGGCCCAGGGCCUAGGUCUCUCUGCUGCCAGCGCCGCUAGCUUCGGGGUGGACACUGGCGCUUUAAGACGCUUUGACCCCACGGCAUCCAGGCGGGGCGGGGACAGGACAGUGCAGGCGCCACCAGCGGAGGCACCAGGGGAGGUAGUGCUAAGUGUCCGGCCCACCAUGCUGACUGCGCUCGCCCCGCCAGCCCUUCCUGGGCUCUCAAGGCGGCUGCCUGCCCCUGCACGGCGUCAGGAUUCGUCCAGUUCGUCCGGCUCGUACCACACAGCUCCGGGUUCUCCGGAGCCCCCGGACGUUGGGCCGGACACAGAAGGCCGGGGGACUUGGCUCUGGGUGGCUCCUGGGCGGGGGGCGGGCGCGCAGCCUGUCCUGUCCGUCAGCGCCCAGAAUAGCCGCCAGCAUCACUGCUCCGGCUCGGGUUUCCCGCGAGGCCCGGGCUCCGGCCCGCAGCCGCCCCGGCCCCAGCUGCGCCUGCUGCCGUCGGGGGAGAUGGAAGUCAUCUUCGGCGCGGGGCCUCUGUUCAGCCGCUCGGACGCGGAGGAUCUGGAGGAGCAACGGCCCAUGGCGCCCGCCUUCAGCAGUCCGCUGCAGCCCGGGUCAGCGUCGCGCGUCUCAGUCUCGCCGCAGCCGCAGGCCCCCGACGGGGGCUCUCGCUGGGCCACCUACCUGGAGCUGCCGCCCCGCGGGCCGAGCCCUGCCGUCUCAGGCCAGUACGAGUGUGUGGAGGUGGCCCUGGAGGAGCGGCCCGCGCCCGUUAGACCCCGCACGGUACCCAAGCGUCAGAUCGAGCUGCGUCCGCGGCCUCGGAGUCCCCCGCAGGACAGUCGCGCGCCGCAUCCCCGACUGCUCCUGCGCACCGGCUCCCUGGACGAGUCUCUGAGCCGCUUGCAGGCCGCCGCGGGCGUCGUGCAGACGGCACUGGCCAGAAAACUGGGCUCUUCGGUCCCGACCCCCAGCAAUGUCACCUUUAGGCCCACCGGGAAGCCAGAACCCAAGACGAACCCCCAGGAAACGGCACGCAGCACUCGUGUGGCCCCGGAAGAGGCCAGGUCUCGGCCGCCCCGCGCCCACGAUGGUUCUGCCCCCGCCAGAGCCCCGCGGCCUUGGCCCAGCCUCAGAGAGCGAGCGAUUCGGCGGGACAAGCCGGCGCCCGGGACCGAACCGCUGGGUCCAGUUAGUUCCAGCAUCUUUCUGCAGUCAGAGGAGAAGAUUCAGCAGGCUCACGACCAGGAAUCUAAGGUCCAGUUUCCUCGUGAGACUCCCGGUGGAACCGUGCCGAGGGCACGGAGUCCUCCCUUCCAUUCUAGGAGCUCCGGGGUGGUUCCCAGUAGGGUUGUGAGGCCUAGGAGCCCAUCCCCUCCGCGGCAGGCUCCAAACGGGGCGGGGCGGGGGCCUCGCUGCCCGUCCCCCCAGAACCUGCCACAACCUCAUAGGACUGUUUGGAGAAUGAGUAACCCGUCCUUCCCUGAAACGUCAUCCGAGUGGGAAAAUCGGGAUGCGGCCGUCGAGGAGGUCGUCAGCAGAAGGAGCCCUUCCCCUCCACCUCUUUCCCAACGGACUCGGGGUGCUGGAGUUGGGAAUCCGUGUCCCAAAACUCCUUCUCUGUGGAGGGUUCGGCAUUCGAUAGACGGAGAUGCAAUAGAGCUGAGUAGGGACAGAUCUCUGCCAGUCCUGCCCCCACGACAGUCACCUGGUCAUCCCAUUGAAACGAACAGCCCAUCGCCCCGAGAGACAUGGGGUCCUACUGCGCAGGGCUCGUCGACGGCAUUGCGCCAGGAAGCUGUGAAUGGUGUAACUCAGGAGUUGGAGCCGCCCACACCAUCAGCGCCCGGGACUCCAGAACUCACCGAGGCGCAGUGUCUGCUCACCCUGGAAAAGGAGGCUAUUGCCUUCAGAGGCAGGCAGCCGCCGUCUCUAGUUAUAGAUGCUCAGGAACCGCCCGGAAGUCAUCCCACAAGCAUCCUGGACGACGCUGUGUGCCCAGAAGCCUUGGCCUCGGGAGAAGCGGCUUCCGGGCGUCCGCGCGUGACCAUCCCGCGGCCGCGAGACGUGCGCAAGAUGGUUAAGACCACUUACGCGCCGAGCUUUCCUGCGGGAACCCCAGGCUCCGGGCUUCCCGCGCCUCCUGCUGACGCCUGCGGGGAGAUGGGCGAGGCAUCCCAAGCGCCCGAGCUCCCCGCGCUGGAGUCGCCCGCCCCGGCUCAUUACACGUCCAUUUUUCUCAAGGACUUUCUGCCGGUAGUACCCCAUCCCUACGAGUCUCCAGAGCCUUCCCUCCAUGCAACCUCUAAGGAUGUCUCCCACGCCAGCGGGGUCCCGAGGCGGAGGGCAGAGAACAGCACCGCGAAGCCUUUCGCGCGCAGUGAGAUCCGCUUGCCUGGCGCUCUAGCCAUGAGCCGCCGUCGGGAGAAAACCCCGGGUGUCCAAGGACGCGGUCCUGGGGGAGAAGACCCGGAUGCUGAGGCCCAGCGCCCGGUCCCGGACCACGAGGGUCGGACCAGCCCCUUCGGAGGCGCUCGUACCUCCACCCAGAGGUCUCCUUUAGGGUCAGCAGAGACCCGACCUCCCCGCCCCGGCUCCCCGCAGGCAUGCCCCAGAUCGAGCCUUGGGGCAGCACCCGAAUUGGAGACACCCCUUGUGGCUCCUGCAGCUGCGGUCCAGGCGCCCCUCCCGCCGGAACCUCAGGCGACGGCGGCCAGGACCGCUGCACCCCUCCCGCGAGCUGCCUCUGCGCCUCCCACCGACCGGCUCCCCCCUGCCUCCUCCCAGGGCCUGCGGAGGCUUCCAGGAACCGCGCCGCCGGGGAAGGUCCUCGUGGACCCGGAGAGCGGUCGCUAUUACUUAGUGGAGGCUCCGCGGCAGCCGAGGCUGCGGCUGCUCUUCGAUCCCGAGAGCGGGCAGUACGUGGAAGUGCUGCUGCCGCCCUCGCCCUCUCUCUCCCGGCCGCCACGCCCGGCCUAUGCCCCGCUGGCCCUCGGGCCGGGCCUCUACCCGCCGGCCUAUGCGCCUAUCCCUGGCUCACCCCUGUCGCCCCCGUCCCCCAACCUGCCGGCCCUCGGCAGUCUCCAGCUACCCUGGGCCCCCGAGGCUGGGCCCCUGGAGGGGAUGUACUACAUGCCCUUGAGCGGGACCCCCAGUCCGGCUCCACCGAUGCUCUUCUGUGCCCCGCCCUCCAGUUCCGGUCCCAUCCAGUCCAGCAAGGGUUCCGUGUUUCCUUUGUGAAGCCUAAGGUCCCGAUCCCCAUGAAGUUGUGUUCCCUAGAAGGCUUUGGAAGUUCUGAUCCCCAGUCUCUUAAUGUUUCCUCCUAUCAACUCUUUGGCUAGUUCCAGCCGGUGACCAGACCGGAAGUGAUCUUAAGAGACCUUAUCUGCUACCUGGUCUGAUAGUGCUGAACAUCAUUAGCUAAUGUUUGGCCGCCUACGUCCGUCCCCCACCAACAAAAAUGUGUAUCCCUUUCCCAACCCUUCCCAGGGUGUGCUGUAUGUGUGUAUGUGUGUAUGCAGGCAAGCAAGUAUGUCAAAGUGAGACCACUAAGAGAUGUUGGGGUUUCCCAGAAUAGCAGGCGUGGGAGUAGCAGGCCUGUGGUGCUGGUGAGCUGUUUGUAUCUCCCUAACACUGGGCCCAGUUGAGUGGAGCAGGACAGUGGCUGUUGCAGAGAUGGAGGGGUGGAUGACAGCCAUCAAAUCAAAUCGGGAUUUGAGCCUUGUCCUGGGAGGUUGUGGGAGAACGCAGUGUGGCCCCAGGCCAGCUUGGGGCUGAGAAUGGCAGCCCUGAGGAGGGUAAGUGGAGGCAGAGCAGGGAUGUUGUGCAAGGAGAUGUGGAGGGUAGGCUUGGAACUGGAGGUAAGAGGACGGAGUGAGAUGACCCAGGAGUGGUGGUCCCUGUAAAGACAGCCAGGGUUGAGACCAUUCACUGGCAGACAGGCCUGCAGAAGGGUCUAGGAAACGAGGAAGAGGAGCGAAAUUAUUCUUCUUUGGGCUCUCUGUUGGUUGCUGGGGGUGACUAGGGACAGGUGGUGAAUUAAAGAAUGUCAAGGGAUCAGCAAAUACUUCUCUUGGCUGGCCAUUACUAAAGAUUGACGGGGCAGGGAAAUCUAGAAGAACAAAUCACGUUAGCUUUGGGAGUUGUGGUUGUUUAACCAAAAUGGAGGGGCUUUAUAAAAUGGUGUGACCACAGCUAACAGCCCACAGCAUGGAGCCUAGCUCCUCCUCAAGCCCCAGUGUCUGUCUCCUGUAGACCCCCGGAGGGAGCUGAGCUUGCUCAUCUUGAAGCUAUCCACCCAGAUAGAAAGAAAAUGAGUUGAAUGCCCAGGACGACAAGAGGGAGGAAGGCUGGGGUGCCAUCAAAGGGGGUGUUCUCGAUGACUGGAAGGUAGGUUAGAGCUGGCAAGAGAAAGCCAGGUGUGGUGGUGCACACCUUUAUCCCAGCACUCGGGAGGCA